UCCAAUUACCAAAGGCUCGCAUGGUUAGCCGUUCCCAACAAACCCUAUGCGGCUCUUACCAUGGCGAAGAGCUCACCACGCCGUCGCCAUUAACCGCUUCUCCGUCUCCCCCUCGGUCAAUCCCCCGUCGCCUGCCGCUCCCGUCCACCCCUCCCCUCCCUCCUUCGAAUCCUGUCUCAUGUCCCUCGUCGGCUCCGGUAUGAUCGACGGCGCCGUCGCCCUCCUCACCGAAUCAGUUUCCGCGCCCUCCUCCAAUCCGCCGCCGACCCGUUCCUUCAACCUCGUCCUCUGUGCCCUGAAUAAGUCCCGCCGAUUCGAUCUCGCCAUCCCCCUCUUCCGCUCCAUGUGCCAGUCGGGCGUGCCUCCCGACGUCCUGACCCUCACCUUACUGAUGAAUUGCCACUGCGAAUCCGGUCGCCUGGAUCUAGCAUGCCAAGUGUUCGAUCAGUUCGAGUUCUGGAAGUGUUCGCCCAAUGUGAUCUCUUGCAACACUUUGAUCAAAGCUUACUGCAAGAAAGGUCGGAUCUUUGAUGCGUUGCGUUUUCUAAAUGCGAUGCGGGAGACUGGGCCAAGACCAAACGAUCGGACAUAUUCAAUUUUGAUAGAUUCUGCCUGUGGGUCUUCGAACUCUUCGCUGGGUUUGCGGUUGAUUGGCGAAAUGUUGGGAAUUGGGUUGGUUCCAAGUGCGGCAGCAUACAACUGUGCGCUCGCUGGGCUUUGUAAAGAGGGACGAAUGAAAGGUUCGAGGAUCCUUUAUGCCAGAAUGACUAAGUUGGGGAUUAAGGGAAAUGUAGUGUCAUUUACUGGUUUUAUCAGUGGGUUGUGCCGGGAGGGGAAAAUAGAAGAAGCAAAAAUAGUUAUUAUAGAGAUGUCUGAGAUGGGGAUACGUCCGAAUGUUAUGACGUAUACUGCCUUAAUUCAUGGGCUGUGUUCUCAUGGGCAGAUUGAGGAUGCAAAAAAAACUAUGCGAUACAUGGUCCACCUUGGUGUUGCCCCGAAUGUGGUUACAUACACUGCAGUGCUAGGAGAACUCUGUAAAAAAGGGAGAGUAGAAGAGGCAUCGAGACUGCUAGAUGAAAUGGGUCAACAAGGAAUAGAUCCUAAUGAGUUUACUUACUGUACGUUGUUGGAUGGGUUAUGUAAAUCAGGGAAACUUGAAGAAGCAAUGCAGUUCUUUCGCAGAUUACAAAGGCAAGGGUUUGGGGAUAAUAUUGUUGCUUAUAAUACUUUAAUAUCUGGAUUUUGCAAAAAAGGUUUUGUGGAUGAAGCUAGUAGACUACUUGAGGAGAUCAUGCAGAAGGGCUCCAAGCCUGAUGUGAUUAUGUAUAACACCUUGAUUGAUGGCUUCUGUAAGGUUGGAAAAACUGACACUGCAUACAACUUAUUAUCUGACAUGGAAAGACAGGGUCUAAGAGCAAAUGUUGUUACUUAUAAUACCCUAAUGGCUGGUUUAGUUAAGGUGGGAGAUCUUGUACGUGUUUUGCAUCUGGCAGAAGAGAUGGCUGGUAAACAAAUAGAACCUGAUGUCAUCAGUUAUAGCAUACUUUUGAAUGGGAUGUGUCGUGCAGGAAGGUUCCAGGAUGCAGAAAAUAUUCUGCAUCAUGUGGAAGAUAAUGAGACAGAACCUGAUGCAAUAAUGUAUUUAUGCAUGCUUCAUUCAUACAGUAAGGGUAUGCAAUUACAGAGAGCAAAAAGUAUAAUUUUGAGGAUGAGAAAAAGGGGGUUUCAAGCAAAUUUCAUAGUUUAUUCUAUAAUUCUGCAGGGAUUUUGCAUAAGAGGUGAGAUUGAGGAAGCAAUUAUGCUGCUUCAUGGAAUUGUUUUGAGUGGCACUGCUCCAUCUACUGUUAUUGUAUCUCUCUUUCUUGAGUAUGUUUGCCGGUUUGGUCAACUUGACAAAUUCUUAGACUUGUUGCCAGUCACAGCUGAUAAGGAUGGGUUCAAUUUUAUGGUCUGAUGCUUACUUUUCACCGUUCAGGUGCCAUAUGACAUGUAGUUCUUUGGAGUACAGCAGCCAGAUGAAAUUCACAUCAUACCCUCUUUUAUUAAAUUAUGAGAGAUGUUACAAACAGCAGUUUCUUCAGUUCCUGCAUUUAUUUCAGGCUAUUCUGGCUAGAAGACCAUUAUUCACCCACUGGGACAGAUAAUUUAUCGCUCUUAAAGAACCACCCUUUUCCCCUUUGUCAUCCUGCAGUUUAUGGAGUACUUAGAGCAAACAUGUUAAUAUGCAAGGCAUGUGAGGAGGUUCUAGGUGAUUGUUUUACGUGCAUUAUUAGAUCUCGGAGCUUAUUUUGUUGGUAUGAAGUCUGUAGGUACCUGCCCACAGUUUCUCUCAGCUUACUCUCACAAGAGUCCAAUUAAGGUGACAACUUUCUGUUGCAGCAGAUGACUCAUCCUACAAAAAAAUUGUUUUGUUUUGGAAUGAUCUUUAUCAAAUAUUCAAGUUGAAGACAAUCAGAAAUUUUGAUUUUAUGCUUAUCUACUCAUUCAAAAAAAUUUCACCAAGUCUGAUGGAAGUUGUAUAUGAUGGUAAUACAAGUUGACCAGUGAAUACUAUGCCCAAAAAUCAUUAUUCAUGUCUUUCAGCAUUUCUUUUUGUGAUUUUGGGCAUCGGCGGAGCAGUACGUGCUGAGACUUUGUUGCAGCUAAAGACGCCGACUAUGAUUGUGCAGGGAAGCAAAUACAGUUUGUGUCCACUGGAUAAGCUGGAAAGCACACUCAAGAAAUUGAAACGUUCCAUAUGAGUUGUAUGUGAUUUAAUGGUGGUUAACACGCACUCAAAACUGGAAAGAAGUACCAGCAGUCUGCUGAAUUGAAUCAGGAUGAAGCUGAACGAUUUGUGAAUAUAUCUAUACAGGAAAGCAUAUAUAGUUUGUCCCCGCUGGAAAAGCUGGAAAGCACCCUCAAGAACAUGAAAUGUUCCAUAUGAGUUGUAUGUGAAUUAAUGGUGGUUUAGGCACUCAAAAUCUGAAAGAAGCUGCAGCAGUCUCCUGAACUGAAUCAGGACAAAGCUGAACAAAGAGUUUUGAAGACAAUGGAUGACUUUGUCAACAAGUCUAUCGUAGAACAGAGGUGAUAUGUGAAAGCAUAUGUAACUCUGAAGGUUGAUACUUAAAACACCAUCAACUCUCUGACUUAAUUAUAGGAUCAUCAGUAUGGUGCCUGUUGCAAGGGUGUGGCCCUGUAGUUCCCACUUUCUUGUUCUGGAUUCUUCUCUGAUAUUUAGUUAACUUAGCUUGAAGAUUUUGUAGACAGAUAUUGUUUACUUGACAUGCACUAACACUAAUCAUUUUAUGAUUCUGACCUGGUA